GAAAUUAAUAUUCUCUGUGGAAGCAGCCACCAUUUUUCACAAGAGACUUUUUAAGUCAAGCUUUAUUUGUUUUCCACGAAUGUACGAGACGAUCGGAUUACUAGAGCCACCACUCGUUUCCUACUUUUUCACAGAAAAAAAAAACAAGUAUCAAAGAAAAAAACCAGAAGAAUGCUCUUUUGGAGUUCAAGAACGAGUUCUAUGUCCAAGAACUCAAUUCCAAUGGGAUUGUUGGUGAUAAGAAGACAGAGAAGUGGAGGAACAACACUGACUGCUGCACUUGGGACGGUAUCUCUUGUGAUCCUAAAACGGGUAAGGUAGUAGAGUUAGACCUCAUGAACAGUUUUCUCAAUGGCCCUUUGAGAUAUGAUAGUAGCCUGUUUAGACUACAACAUCUUCACAGCCUUGUUCUUGGCUCGAAUAAUUUUUCGGGUACUCUACCAAAUUCCAUAGGCAACCUCAAAUAUUUGAGGGUAUUGAGUCUUGGUGAUUGCCAUCUCUUUGGAAAGAUUCCUUCUUCGCUUGGGAAUCUUACUUAUCUCACUAAUCUUGAUCUUUCUGUUAAUGAUUUCACCGGUGAGCUACCGGAUUCAAUGGGGAAUCUAAACAAGCUAACAGAGUUGCAUCUUAGAUCAGCCAAGCUCAGUGGGAAAUUUCCUAGUGUGCUACUCAAUAUGAGCGAGCUCACCUUGAUCAACCUUGGUUCUAACCAGUUCGAAGGUAUGCUCCCAUCUAAUAUGAGUAGCCUUUCAAAACUAGUGGAUUUUGAGGUUACUGGAAAUUCAUUUUCUGGAUCUAUCCCAUCGUCUCUCUUCAUGCUUCCUUCAUUGGCCACCCUUGUCUUGGGAAGAAACAACUUCAACGGUCCUCUUGACUUUGGGAAUAUGUCUUCACCAUCUAACCUUAUAGUUUUGUCUCUUCUAGAAAACAACUUCAGUGGUCCAAUCCCGGAGUCUAUAUCGAAACUAGUUGGACUCUUCUAUCUUGACCUCUCUUUAUGGAACACAGAGAGAGCCAUGGUCGAUUUCAACAUGUUCUUGCAACUGGAGUCUCUCAUGUUCCUUGACCUCUCUUAUAUUAAUACAAGAAGCACACUUGACACAAGCAUAUUCUCACCUCUCUUGUCACUUGGUUACUUGGAUCUUUCCGGGAUUAAUUUGAAGACCAGCUCUACGCUCAGUCUUCCCUCACCGAUGGGUACCUUGAUUUUAGCAUCCUGCAAUAUUGCUGAAUUCCCCAAGUUUCUAGAAAACCAAACCACUUUAUACUAUUUAGACAUCUCUGCCAAUCGAAUUGAAGGCCAAGUACCGGAGUGGUUGUGGAGUCUACCAGAUUUGAAGUAUGUAAACAUUUCUCAGAAUUCGUUCAGUGGUUUUGAAGGACCAGUGGAUGUUAUUCAAAGAUGUGGAGAACUAAUCAUGCUUGAUAUAAGUUCAAACGCAUUCCACCAUCCGUUUCCUUUGUUACCAAACUCUACGACGAUCUUUCUAGGCUCUGAUAAUCGGUUCUCGGGAGAGGUUCCUAGGACAAUAUGCAAAUUAGUUUCUCUUGAUACACUUGUUCUAUCCAACAACAACUUCAACGGUUCUAUUCCUCGGUGUUUUGAGAAUUUUAAUACUACUCUCUCGGUCUUGCAUCUUCGUAAUAACAACUUCUCAGGUACUUUUUCAGAGGAGUCUGUAAGUGAACACUUGAGAUCAGUUGAUGUUGGUCGCAACCGGUUAUCAGGAGAACUUCCCAAGUCUUUGAUCAACUGCACUCGUCUCGAGUUUCUUAACGUGGAAGACAACAUAAUCAGCGAUAGAUUUCCAUUAUGGUUGAGAUCGUUGCCUAGUCUACAGAUUCUUGUCCUCCGUUCUAACGACUUCCAUGGGCCAAUAUCUUUUCCUGGAGAGUCUUCGAGCUUCAACAAGCUGCGGAUCUUUGACAUUUCAGAAAACCGCUUCAGUGGAGUCUUGCCAUCACAUUACUUUGCUGGUUGGAGUGCAAUGUCAUCAGUCAUAGACAUUGUAGACGUUAUCCCGAGUAGGUAUGCGGGACGUGACGACUCUGGAAACUAUCAAAACUCAGUGACUAUGACAGCUAAAGGAUCGAAGAUUGAGCUGGUUGGGAGUGUUUUCGCAAUUUACAAAACCAUUGAUGUUUCCGGUAACAAAUUCAAAGGAGGUAUCCCUGAAUCCAUCGCUUUACUUAAGGAACUGAUUGUGCUCAACAUGUCAAACAACGCUUUCACAAGUUCUAUUCCACCAGCUCUGUCAAACUUGACCAAUCUUGAAUCAUUGGAUCUAUCUAAAAACAGAUUAUCCGGAAAAAUCCCACCAGAGCUCGGGAAGCUCACGUUUCUAGCACAAAUGAACUUUUCAUACAACAGGCUUGAAGGUCCGAUACCACAAGGCACUCAGAUUCAAAGUCAAAAGAGCUCUUCAUUCGCAGAGAAUCCCGGGCUAUGUGGUGUUCCUCUCCAAGAAACCUGCGGAGGAGGAGGAGAAGAAGAAGAAUUAAAGAAAGAGCAAGGUGAACAAAAAGAACAAGUAUUUAGCUGGAUUGCAGCUGCUGUAGGCUACGUACCUGGUCUUGUGUGUGGACUCACCAUUGGCCACAUUCUCACUUCAUACAAACGUGAGUGGUUCAUGAGAAUCUUUCACUAUUUUACUUGAA